AUGGACAAAGAAGCUACACGAAGAACGGCAUUUGGAACAGUAAUUUAUGUUCAAAAAGUUUUGAUUUCUUCAGUUUCAAACUCCGAAAAUAAACUUAACAACCAUGGUCCGGAUUGUACAUACAGUUUACGUUUGAUUGAAGUUCAAAUACCGAAACAUGUUGUAAAAGGUGCUGAAGCAAAACUUGAAUGUCAUUAUGAUCUUGAUGAAGAAGCAUUAUAUUCAGUUAAAUGGUAUAAAGAUGGUAAUGAAUUUUAUAGGUAUGUUCCAAGAGAUAUGCCACCUGCACAAAUUUUCCUGUUACCUGGUGUUACAGUUGAUAUUCAUAAUUCAAGUGAUGUUGUCGUUGUACUAAAGCAUGUCAAUCUUUCAACAACUGGAAAAUAUCGAUGUGAAGUUUCUGCAGAAGCUCCAUCAUUUCAAACUGUAUCAGAUCAUGGUGAUAUGAUUGUUGUUUCACUUCCGGACAAAGGACCUAUUAUUACAGGUGGACGUGCACGUUAUCAAAUUGGUGAUUAUGUUCGCGUCAAUUGUACAUCCGGACGUUCUAAACCUGCAACAACACUCAAUUGGUUUAUUAAUGGUGAAAAUGCUGAAUCACAAAUGUUAAGACCAUAUGAAACAACAAUAACAGGACGUGAAGGAUUAGAAACUUCAACAUUAGGUUUGCAAUUUAGAGUUGAACAACAUCAUUUCCGGAAUGGUGAUAUGAAAUUGAAGUGCGUUGCCAGACUGUCAUCAAUUUAUUGGCGUAGUAAUGAAGAAAGUGUUGAAGGUGAUCGACCACAAAGAGCACCAGCACUUGAAUCAAGAGAAACUGUUUAUGCAAGUAAUUCAAGAGCAGAUCCAGUUCAAGCAAACGGAGAUACUUCAACGUUACGAAAUGGAAUGAAUUUAAUAACAUUAUUAAUGGUUUAUAGUAUCUUCUUAAUAUUUACGAAAAAAUUACAUAAUAGCUUUGUUCAUCUGAAUUAUAAUUAUUGUACGUUUCAACUACAUACAACUUCAUCAACAAGGUAGCUCAAUAUUCAAAAUAAAAAUUAUUAAAAAAUUAAAAAAAAAAUUUAAUAUAAACAUUAUUAUAUAACGAUUA